AUGUUCUCCCUCGCCAGUCUAAUUUUCUUUAGAGCUGGACCUAUCAGACCCCUAUUGCCCAGCAAGGAAUUCCGCCUAAAUCUCAAGAAAAUGGACGAUUUCAUGCAACCAUUCAUCGAUGAGGUCUGCGACCGGCUCGUCGCCAUCCUUCUCGCGGGUCGUGACGCCGCCGCCACCCUCUGCUUCCGUCUCUUCGAGCUCUCGCACAACCCAACGGUAGACGCCCCUCUCCGCACAGAAGUCCUCGACCGCCUCGGCACCAGCCGCAAACCCAGCUACUCGGACUUCAAGGAGAUGGAAUACCUGACGGCUGUGCUCAACGAGACAUUGCGCCUCUGCCACGCGGCGGUGGACCCGACGGCCACUCAUAGCGACAAGAAGCGGACCAUCCCCUAUUUCGACCCCCUCCUCUGGAUACCGGAACGCUGGACGGCUGGCUGGCAACCGAGGCCGUGGCAUUUCAUCCCGCUCAGUGGUGGUCCGCGCAUCUGUCUGGGACAACCGUUUGCCAUGUUAGAGAUGUCGCGGAUCCUGCAAAAUUUCAGUGAGAUUAUUGCCGAUGGAGCCUGCAGGGACCGCGGGUCAAGACCCGCCUUUCAAGUUUGA